AUGGCUGCCGGAUCCAUGGCGGAACUGGUCUCCAUGACAAUAACCGCCUCCCAACAGACGCCAUCUGCAGACUGGAACAAUCCUCGUCUGGUGCUGGAAAUACCGGAUAGCUCGUUAGAAGAAAGUCUGCAGUUCGUGGAGAAUAUCUCAAGGAGGACAUACGUGGAGGAUGUUCAUUUCGUGUUGAAAGCGAUCGUUGGUCCGAUCAUCUGCCUGUUUGGUCUGAUGGGAAAUACCCUGUCCAUACUAACAUGGCGACGACCUGGUAUGAGCAGCUCUACUGGGCGAUACCUAACCGGACAAGCUAUCGCCAACAUCUGCUUCCUCCUGAUGUUCCUCUUGUGCGACUCGCUGCAACUCUGGUGCCCUAGCGUCAAACAAGCCGUCGUCUACGGUGCUUUUUUCUCCUACUUCGGUUUCCCAAUGUUCUACUUCUCGGUCAUCUGCAGCAUCUGGUUCACAGUUGGCCUGACUGUGGACAGGUAUAUCAUGGUUUGUUGGAUCACCAAGGCUAAGAAGUUCUGCAACGAGUCCCGGGCCACCUUCGGGAUGGUAGUCACCGCCCUCUGCUCCUUCAUCAUCAACAUCCCUCACUUCGCCUCGUUUACCCCAAUCUAUCAGGGCCAUGGCGAAGGCGACAACAACAGUACUGAAGUCACAGCUCCGGGUGCGGCAUUCGCUCCCACAACCUUCACCACAGGGCCGGGUGGACAGGCUUACGAGUUCUGGGUUCACUGCAUCUUUAUUAUCCUGGGUCCGUGGGUGACGAUCUUCUUCAUGAAUAUUAUGAUUAUUACCAAGCUGAGCCAAGCCAACAAGCGGAUGGCAGACAAGAAAACCAGUCAUUCCUUGAAGAAAUCCAAGGAGUCCGAGAACCAGAUCACUCGUCUGCUUCUCACCGUGACCUUCACCUUCCUCAUCUUCAUGGGACUGACAUGCGUUGUCCAGUGCCUAAUUACCAAUACGCCACCCGGGGCGGACGUUCUGGCGCUCUCUGCCUCCUUGUCCUUCAGCGUCACCGGGGUUUUGCUGAACUCAUCCUUGAACUUUCUCCUCUACUGCAUGUCCGGCAGACGAUUUCGAAUGGAGCUUCUCAAGAUGUUUGGGCUGGUCAGUGUCGACUCGCAGUCGUCCAGCAAUACUGACACCACCUCUAGCAACAUCUCCACCAAGCCAGUGUCAACGAUCUCUACUCAGUUUACAAGCAAAGACGUCUAA